AUAACCAUAAAAGCAAGAUGGCAGCCUCCAGUGGAAAUACGUUUUUCCGUCAGCAGGGUCUGAUCGGAUGAUCCCAGUUGUGAUCACUCUUUUGUUCUUAGACCGAUCUUCAGCAGUUGCUUGAUUUGACCGAGUUCUCAAAAUGGCGGGGCGUGGCCGCGGCAGAGGUAGAGGGGGUUCGACUGUGGCUUUCACCGCUGAGGUAUUAGGCUUGGGCCGUGGUGAUCAUCUGCCCCCAACGACAUCACAACCUCCACCAUUGUUUCCACCCUUGGAGUUUCGCCCUGUGCCCUUGCCAACAGGAGAUGAAUGGGACUACAUGCUAUUACUUAAACAGGAAUUCAGGACUACAAUGAAAGACUCACCUUACUUCAUCAAACCUCAGGACAAAAAGAAAGAUAUUGAGAGAUACUCUGACAAGUAUCGAAUGAGUAACAACACAGACAAUACUAUUGGAUGGACUCCAGACUGGAAACGACUCCCAAAAGAACUGAAAAUUAGAGUAAGAAAACCAGGAGAGGCCACAAGAAAAGUUGGGAUGAAACCCAAUCUCCAAGCUGCAAAGAACGUUUCCAAGAAGGAUGUUGAGGUUGUCACCCAAAGACUAGCUGAGUUGGAACAAAAGGAGACAGAAGCAGGAUCAGGAGAUGAAAAGCAAGAUGAGGAAGAUGAAGAAGAAAUUGAUGAGGAGGAAUAUUAUGAUGAAGAAGACCAAGAAGAGGGUACAGAUUACAUUAUGUCGUACUUUGAUAAUGGAGAGGAUGAUGUGAAUGAUGAAGAUGAUGGGCUUGAUGACGGACCAAUCUAUUGAGGAAAUUGAUUGAUCCAAACUUAGGUAUCUGAAAUGCCACAUAGAUCUGUCGGAUGCUUUGAUUGGUCCAUUCUUGUUCUGGAACCAGUAGACCAAUCUACUGAGGAAGGCUAUUGGUCCAAAGCUAAGCACUAGAAAUGUCAUAUGGAUUUGUUGGAUACUCCACUACUGAGGAAGGUGAUUGGUCCAAAGCUAAGCACUAAAAAUGUUAUAUGGAUUUGUUGGAUGCUCUGAUUGGCCCUUUCUUGCUGUGGAACCAGAAGAUCAAUCUACUGAGGAAGGUGAUUGGUCCAAAGCUGAGCAC